AUGGAGAGGCGGGUGUUCGAGAGGUCCUUCUGUCAUCUGUCUACCUCCAGACUGGUUUGGUUCUUGGUCGCAGUGAUGCUAUGCAAGGCACAAGUGCUGACCCGUGAUGAAAGAAAGCUGCUGAACAAACCUGCUUCUUUAAGAUGCGUCCUGGAAAUUCCCCAAGAAGUCCUGAUUGUGACAUGGCAGAAAAUCAAGGCUUCAAGCCCAGAAAACAUGGUCACUUUCAGCAAGGAACACGGGGUCGUGGUGCAGUCACCCUAUAAGGAUAAGAUGAACAUAACCGAGCUGGGACUUCAUAACACAACCAUCACCUUCUGGAAUACCACUCUGGAUGAUGAGGGGUGUUACAAGUGUCUCUUCAAUACCUUCGGUUCUGGGAAGAUUUCAGGAAUAACCUGCCUCACCCUCUUUGUGCAGCCCACAGUAUUCAUUCACUCUAAUUUAUCCGAAGACCACCUAAAUGUCACUUGCUCUGCCAAUGCCCGCCCAGCCCCUGUAAUCUCCUGGAAGGUCGCUGGGUCAGGAAUGGACAACAGUACUGAGACUAUCAAAAACCCCGAUGGGACCACGUCUGUCAUCAGCGUCCUCCACAUCAAAGACCCCAAGAAUCAGAUGGGAAAGAAGGUGAUCUGCCAGGUGCUGCACUUGGGGACUGUGACUGACUACGAGGAAACUGUGAACAAAGGUUUUUGGUUUUCAGUUCCACUGCUCUUAAGUAUUGUUUCCUUGGUAAUUCUUCUGAUCCUAAUCUCAAUCUUACUAUACUGGAAGCGUCACCGGACCCAAGACAGAGAGCCCUAA